AUGACGGACUUGCCAAUUCAGAUUACGGAACCAGUCGGAUUACGAAAUGUGUCUGAACCAACCCCAACUCGUCAUAUCACGGAGCCACGAAAAUCUCGGCGGAUAACGGAACCAUUCGGACCUUCUAAUUCCCGACAUUCGGAAUCAAAGAAUGUCGUCCACGUCGGCCAUCCGAUUCCACAGAGACGACAAACGUAUUGUGGAGCCUCUGUUCAGUAUGAGGACCUUCAAAGGGUUCAGUUGACUGUAUCUGAAAACUUUUCCUCGGAAGAUGACGACAUUUCCGGUCAGAAAACGUGGCAGGAAGUUGGGGCCGUUUCUGAUUUGGUACGGUUUCAUUGUCAGCGGUUGUACUCUAAAGCUGGAGGACGAAGUGACCUGGGUCUUUUUUAUAACCGUGGAACAUUCUAUGCUAUGGGUGCGUGGUGUGGACACAUGGGUGGCCCGCUCUUUGAAGGAGAUAUUGAAGACUUAAAUGGACGUGCUCACGUGAUGUGCCCAUGGCAUUCUUACAUGUUUGAUCUUGAGACUGGGAAGAAUAACCUUGGAAUGAAGCAAGAGAUUUUUAAAGUAAAGGUAGAGGAAGGGUUAGUAUAUGUCCUUUACGACACCGACCUUUCUACGACGCCCUUCAACAAAUUGGAGUAG